UUCAUUAACUAGUUUUGUUUUGUAUUAAACAUAAUUAGUAGAAUUUGGUGUCAACUAAUCCUUCCUUUAAAUACAAGGUCGGCUAACCUCAACAUCAAGUCUUCCUUGUCUCCUCUCUCUUUCUCUCUACACACAGACAAAAGUCAUUACCAUAUAAUCUUUGUGUUCUUUCUUAAACAUUAGUCACAUUAAUCCUCAAUUAGUUUGAUAGUUAAUUAAUAAUGGGGUGCAAAUUGGCAGCUGAGAAGCCAAAGCAAAAGCACAAGAAGGGCUUAUGGUCCCCUGAUGAAGAUGAUAGGCUCAAAAAUUACAUCAUUAAACAUGGUCAUGGCUGUUGGAGCUCUGUUCCCAUUAAUGCUGGCUUGCAAAGAAAUGGAAAGAGUUGUAGAUUAAGGUGGAUUAAUUACUUAAGGCCAGGCUUAAAAAGAGGGGCAUUUAGCUUAGAAGAGGAAAACACAAUCUUGACUCUUCAUGCCAUGUUUGGCAACAAGUGGUCUCAGAUUGCACAACACUUGCCUGGAAGAACAGAUAACGAGAUAAAGAAUCACUGGCACUCGUAUUUAAAGAAAAGAGUGUCCAAAAUGGCAGAAAAUGAAGGGCACACUAAGUCUGGGAAAACAGAUUCUUCACCUUCUUUAAAGAAAUUGACUCCACAGAAUUCAAGUUUGGAUUCAUUUGAACAUAUAGAAGGAUCAUUAGCAGAUUCAGAUCAAUCUGUUUAUCCAAGAGAGACUCAAAAGAGUAACUUACCUAAAGUAUUAUUCGCGGAAUGGCUUUCGUUGGAUCAAUUUAAUGGACAAGAUUUUCAAAACUCAGGGAGUUUUGAACCUUCCAAGAGUAACUUUGGGUAUAAUAAUGCAGAGUUACAUGACAUAUUCAUGCAUAGUUUACCGAUGAACAACGAUGGUAGUAGCUAUGGGAAUGGCGUAAAUCAAGAGGUUCACAAUGAUAUUUUCCCACCACAACUUAAGUUUGAGGAUACCAUGUCUGGUAACGGAUUUGAGGAAUUUAUGUCAGGGGAAUUCAACAUUAACGACGAUGUGAUGUUCUUAUGAUGAGUUCUCUUUUAGAAUUUUAUACAAAAUAGAAGAGGUAAUAAAGUAGUAACCAUACUCUUUGGUUACCUGUUAACGCGCAUUUUUACUGUAGAUGCCUUCUCCUUUUCUUGUAUUUCAUGGUGUACAAAGUCUAA